CGUGCGCAGUCGGGGCGCGGGGGGGGGGCCGAGUCGGGUCGGUGUCGCUGGCGCGUCCUCCGCCUGUCGCGACAUCAGGGCGGCGAUAAUGCGUGGAUUACCACAGCGCGGGGCAGCCCCACCCGUACGGCGGGAACGGGCCCGGCCCCAAUGGCGACUACAUGGCCCAGGAGGACGACUGGGAUCGGGAUCUGCUCCUGGACCCCGCCUGGGAGAAGCAGCAGCGCAAGACGUUCACGGCCUGGUGCAACUCCCACCUGCGCAAGGCCGGCACGCAGAUCGAGAACAUCGACGAGGAUUUCCGGGACGGGCUCAAGCUGAUGCUGCUGCUCGAGGUCAUCUCAGGCGAGCGGCUCCCGAAGCCCGAGCGGGGCAAGAUGAGGGUGCACAAGAUCAACAACGUCAACAAGGCCCUGGACUUCAUCGCCAGCAAGGGCGUCAAGCUCGUCUCCAUCGGCGCUGAGGAGAUCGUGGACGGGAACGCCAAGAUGACGCUGGGCAUGAUCUGGACGAUCAUCCUGCGCUUCGCCAUCCAGGACAUCUCCGUGGAGGAGACCUCGGCCAAGGAGGGGCUGCUGCUCUGGUGCCAGCGCAAAACGGCUCCGUACAAGAACGUCAACGUCCAGAACUUCCACAUCAGCUGGAAGGACGGGCUGGCCUUCAACGCCCUCAUCCACCGGCACCGCCCGGAGCUGAUCGAGUACGACAAGCUGCGGAAGGACGACCCCGUCACCAACCUCAACAACGCCUUCGAGGUGGCCGAGAAGUACCUGGACAUUCCCAAGAUGCUGGACGCCGAGGACAUCGUGGGCACGCUGCGGCCCGACGAGAAGGCCAUCAUGACCUACGUGUCCUGCUUCUACCACGCCUUCUCCGGGGCCCAGAAGGCGGAGACGGCGGCCAAUCGGAUCUGCAAAGUGCUGGCUGUGAACCAGGAGAACGAGCAGCUCAUGGAGGACUACGAGCGCCUGGCCUCGGAUCUGCUGGCGUGGAUCCAGCGCACCAUCCCCUGGCUGGAGGCGCGGGACCCGCAGAAGACGAUCCCGGCCAUGCAGCAGAAGCUGGAGGAUUUCCGCGAGUACCGGCGCGUGCACAAGCCGCCCAAGGUGCAGGAGAAGUGCCAGCUCGAGAUCAACUUCAACACCCUGCAGACCAAGCUGCGCCUCAGCGGCCGGCCCGCCUUCAUGCCCUCCGAGGGCAGGAUGGUCUCGGACAUCGGGGCGGGCUGGCAGCGCCUGGAGCAGGCCGAGAAGGGCCACGAGGAGUGGCUGCUGACGGAGCUGCGGCGCCUGGAGCGCCUGGAUCACCUGGCCGAGAAAUUCCGGCAGAAAGCCUCGAUCCACGAGGGCUGGACGGAAGGUAAGGAGGUGGCCCUGCGGGAGCGGGACUCGGGCACCUCGCUGGCCCAGGUGCGGGCGCUGCUCCGCAAGCACGAGGCCUUCGAGUCGGACCUGGCGGCGCACCAGGACCGCGUGGAGCAGAUCGCCGCCAUCGCCCAGGAGCUCAACGAGCUGGAUUACUACGACUCGCCGAGCGUCAACGCGCGCUGCCAGAAGAUCUGUGACCAGUGGGACCUGCUGGGCUCGCUGACCCACAGCCGCCGCCAGGCGCUCGAGCAAGCGGAGAAGCAGCUGGAGACCAUCGACGAGCUGCACCUGGAGUACGCCAAGCGCGCGGCGCCCUUCAACAACUGGAUGGAGAGCGCCAUGGAGGACCUGCAGGACAUGUUCAUCGUGCACACCAUCGAGGAGAUCCAGGGCCUGAUGGCCGCGCACGAGCAGUUCAAGGCGACGCUGCCGGAGGCGGACAAGGAGCGCGAGGCGAUCCUGGCCAUCGAGCGGGAGGCGCAGCGCCUGGCGGGGCUGCACGCGCCGCCGCUGCCGCCCGGCAACCCCUACACGUCGGUCACGCCGCAGCUCAUCGACGCCAAGUGGGAGCGGGUGCAGCAGCUGGUGCCCAAGCGGGACCAGGCGCUGCAGGAGGAGCAGAGCCGGCAGAACUCUAACGAGCGCCUGCGGCGCCAGUUCGGCAGCCAGGCCAACCGCGUGGGGCCCUGGAUCCAGACCAAGAUGGAGGAGAUCGGCCGGAUCUCCAUCGAGAUGAACGGGACCCUGGAGGACCAGCUGAACCACCUGAAGGAGUACGAGGAGAACAUCGUGGAGUACAAACCCAACCUGGAGCUGCUGGAGCAGCAGCACCAGCUGGUGCAGGAGGCGCUCAUCUUCGACAACCAGCACUCCAACUACACCAUGGAGCACCUGCGCGUGGGCUGGGAGCAGCUGCUGACCACCAUCGCCCGGACCAUCAACGAGGUGGAGAACCAGAUCCUGACGCGCGACGCCAAGGGCAUCAGCCAGGAGCAGAUGCAGGAGUUCCGCGCCUCCUUCAACCACUUCGACAAGGACCACGGCGGCGCCCUGGGCCCGGAGGAGUUCAAGGCCUGCUUGAUCAGUCUGGGCUACGACGUCGAGAACGACCGGCAGCCGAAGCGCCGCACGGACUCCAAGGACUUCCGCGCCCUGCUGGGCCCCGCGGGAUCCGGCCUGGGCGACGCCGAGUUCCAGCGGAUCAUGGCCGUGGUGGAUCCCAACGGCAGCGGCAGCGUCACCUUCCAGGCCUUCAUCGACUUCAUGUCCCGGGAAACCACGGACACGGACACGGCCGAGCAGGUCAUCAACAGCUUCCGCGUGCUGGCCGGGGACAAGAACUACAUCACGGCGGCCGAGCUGCGGCGGGAGCUGCCGGCGGCGCAGGCCGAGUACUGCAUCGCCCGCAUGGCGCCCUACCCCGGCCCCGACGGCGUCCCCGGCGCGCUGGACUACAAAUCCUUCUCCACGGCGCUCUACGGCGAGAGCGACCUCUGAGCGCCUCCCCGGGGCCCCCCGGGAUCCCUGAGCGCCUCCCCGGGAUCCCUGAGGAUCCCCCAGGGUCCCUGAGCGCCUCCCCAGGGCCCCUCGAGAUCCUCCAGGGCCCCCCGGGAUCCCUGAGCGCCUCCCCGGGAUCCC